AUGGCCUGGCUGAAUCAGCCAGAACAAAAUGGCGCGGCAUUUCGCGCAGGCAGCCUUUCACCACAGAACCGUGCACAGGUCUGCCCCAAGUGCGGCAGCGUUUAUGCACACGACGCGAUCUUCUGCCGGCAUUGUGGCCAGAAGCGAGAAGUGUCAACUGCCGUUGGCCGCGCAUGGGUCGACACCCCAUUUCAGGCACAGGCGAACGUUCAGCUCCCUCGUGUUCCACCUGUAGCCUUGCCAGGCGUGCAGCGAGCAGAGCCUGUCACAGGUGCCACUGCCCCGUCGUCCCUUGUCAUGCCGUGCUUCGAUGCGCUGGACACGAACCACGAUGGCGUCAUCUCUCGUGCAGAGUACCAGAAUGCAGGUGGCUUGGUGUAUGCAGCUCCGACUCAAAGCUCGAUAAGGUCUGUAUCACCGCUGCCCACGCGAGGUGUGAUCUACAAUGGUGUGCCCCGCGCACUGUCGCCAGACACAUCUCGAAGUCCCAUCGGACGUGUGAUCACUCCGUCUCCAAGAGCCGUGCCGGUGCCAGUGACAACCGUAUCCCCCGUUCAUACGGCACAGCCCAUGAUGGUUCCGUCCAUACACGUCGUUCCGCCGUCAGAACAGGUGCAGUCGCCCAACCUUUCCGAGGACUUGCUGAAGCGAAUUGAUGGCGUCGUCUCUGAGAUGGAAAAAGAGCUCUCCCAAGACCUCGAAGAGUGUGUCAAGUCUCCACUUGGUCUCAAGGGCGAGAUCAAGGUCGACAUCUCAGGUGCCCACGGAGAUGAUGACAAUGACAGCACACUGGACUGGAUCGACAAGCAAAUCCACGCGAUCGAGGGCCGGCGCGAAGCCUGCGAAGUGAGGCAGGUUCACCUUUCUGACCUGCGACGCCUGGUUGCUGAUGGGGAACGUUACAGUCGCCGCCAGCUGCGAAACGAAGGCCUGGAUGAUUUGGAAGUGAACGCCCAGGUCCGGGAGAGCCCCGCGCGGCGUCUGUCGAUCCUGGAGGGCGAGCACGAAGAGCUCAAGAAGCAGGUGGAAUCCGAGCGGGUGGAGCUGCUCAAGGUGCGGUCUAACUUGGAGGUGGAGUGCGAGCGGCGUUUGCAGGAGGCCCGCAUGCUGGCGGAGUCGGUCCAGGACAGCCGCCAGCGCGCCGUGGCGUCUGAAGAGGCGGCGAACCAGCGAGCGCGAGAGGCGGCCAUCCAGGUGCAGACCCUGCAGGAGCGUCUGCGUGAAGCGGAGGCUACCCUGGAGCGGGAGAGGCAGCAGUUCAGGCUGGCGCAGGAUGCUCAAGCAGCCGCAGGCGCAGAUCUUCGACAGCUGGAGGAGAAUUCUCGUACGGUGUUGGCGGAUUGCCGCUCGCUGCAGCAGAAGGUCAAGGAGCUUGAGCUGGAGCGCGGAGCCUUUCUGGAAGUGCAGGCCAAAUCUGAGGAGGAGAAGAGAUCCCUCAUCAUCCGAAUCAACCAGUUUGAGGAAGAGAGGGCCAAGGAAUUGGAGCUGGCGCUCCACUCGCACCGGGAGCAGUGGCGGGAGGCCGCCGGCAGAGAUCUGGAGCAGCUGCGCGCGCAGUUGACCGCCACGCACAGCAAGAAUCUCAAGGCUGCGGAGAAGCAGGGAGAGUCCCGCGCCUUGGAGGUGCAUGGCUCCGUGCAACAGCAGCUGGAGGAGCGGUGUACGAGGCUGCAGGCAGAGAAGGACGCAGAGGAGCGGAGCCGCGUGGAGGUGCAGCGGCUCCACGCGCAGGCCACGGAGGAUGCCGAGCGGCUCCGGGAGGAUCAGCGCAGGCUCCAGGUGACACUUGCGGCUGAGGUGCAGGCCAAGGAGCAGCUCCAGCUGCAGCACCAGAAUGUGCUGCAAGACAUGGAGAAGCUGAAGGGAGAUCAGGCCGAGCUGGCCAAGGACCAGGAGGCGGAGAAAGCGGCCAGGCUGCAGGCGGAGCAGAAGCAUGCCGCCGUCCUCCAGGACAUGGAAAGGCAGCAAGCGGACGUGCAGAAGCUGCAAGCAGAUAAGCUUACAGAGCAAGCAGCAAGGCAGAAGGCGGAGCAGGAACACCAGAUUGUGCUGAAGGACAUGGAGCAAGUCCGUGUCGACAAAGAGCGAGUUGCUCAAGAGAAGGAGCAGGAAGCACGACUCCGCCAAGAGGCGGAGAGCAAGCAUGCGCUGGUUUUGCGGGACUUGCAGCAGCUGAAGGAAGAUCAGCUCAGGCUUCGGGCGGACAAAGAUGCGGAGGAGAAGGCGAAGCUGGAGGUUCAGCGGUUGCAUCAAGCUGUCUUGGAUGAGAAGAACUCGCUGCAUGGAAAUCACAGCCACUUGCAGGAGCUGCUGAACGCGGAGACGAAAGCCAAGGAGGAGAUGCGGCAACGGCACUCUGCCGUGGAAAGUGACAAGCAGCAGAUGGAGCGAGACAACGCGGAGCUUCAAAGCGCCAAGGCUAAAGAAGAGCAGCUCAGGGCGGAGGCGGAGAGAAAGCACCAGCAGCUGAUGCAGGAUAUGGACAAGAUGCGCGGAGACCAAGCGAAGCUGCAGGCCGACAAAGACGAGGAGAAGCGUCUCAAGGAAGAGGCCGAGCGGAGGCACGCGCAAGUCUUGCGGGACAUGCAGCAGCUGCAAGCCGACCGCGACAAGCUGCAGGCAGACCAAGCUGGAGAGAAGCGCGCACGUGAGGAGGCGGAGAGGAAGCACUUGGAAGUGGUCCAGGACAAAGAACAGAUCUCCGCAGACUUGCAGAACCUCCAGAGGGACAAGGAAGCCGAGCAGCGCGCGAAGGAGGCCAUGGCUCGGCAGCACGAGGAAGCCCUGAAGCAGAUGGAGCUUGUGAACGCGGAUCAAAGGAAGUUGAAGCUGGACAAGGAGGAGGAGGCCCGCGCGCGCCUGGACCUGGAAUCCAAGCACCAGGUGGUCUUGCAAGACCUCGAGCGAACCCGUGCUGAGAAAGAUCAACUGCAUGGUCAACAUCAGGCGUCUCAGAAACAAGUCGAAACGAUCCGGACUGAGCUCAGCACCCUUCAGAUCCAGCACCAGCAGCUUCAGGCAGACAGAGACAGGCUGCAGUCCACGCAAAGCGAAUCUUCCCGCGGACACGAGGAGGCCUACGCCAAGAUGAAGGCGUCACACGAAGCGGAGCUGCAAUCCACCAAGGAUUUGGGCUUGCAGCUGAAAUCCGAGUGGGAAGCCAGACAUCAGUCGCUGCUUCAAGAGCUGGAGCAAGUUCGCACAGAGCAUCGCAGAGCACAGCAAGAGAAGGAGGAUGAGCGACGUGCCAAAGAGCGCGUGCACAGUGAGCAUCAGUCUACCACCCGCCAGCUGGAGAGCCUUCAGAGCCAGCUCUCGGCCAUUCAGACGCGAAGCAGCACCGACCGCGGCUCCCUGGAAGACGCGCAAAGCAGGAUUCGCAGCUUGCAGUCUGAAAAUGAGAUGCUGACCGGUGAUAUCAACAUCCUGAAGAAAAUGAAGCAAGAGAAGGAGCAAGCAGAAGCCAGCCUCCUGGAAGCCGAAAGAUCUCUGCGUGCAGAGCUCAAGGUGAUACAGAGGCAGCUGGAAGAGAGGGAGCACCAGGUGAAGCAGUUUGAGGAGAGGCGCGGCUCCCAGGAGGAGAAGCUUUCCUCACUCUUGGUCCAGCUGAAAGAUGAGCAGAAGGAGGGCGAGGAGUUGCGGCAAGAGCUCCGGCAGGCGCGGAGUAGCGGCGAGCUGCUCCAGCAGACGGCCCAGGAGACGUUGGAGAAAUUCCGGCUUCUGCAGCAGGAGAAUGAGGAACUGAGGAGGCAGUCUUCUGAGAGUCAACAGAAGCGGCGAAUGAGCAUGCACCGCAUGUCACUUUGGGCGCCACCCGUCCUCAACAUUGAGGAUGAGGUGGAGCUGCUGCCAAACUCCAAAGACGAGUUUGUGUUGCAGGUUCGCGAGGCUCACAAGCGCGUGGACGCCCUCAUGCAAAGCGCCGCGGAGGUCCACAACCGGACGAUCACUGCCCAGUUGGAUGGCGCGGCCGUGGCCGAGAGCAAGGGCUCCGGGGUCAGACGUGGGUUGUCGGACUACGAGAAUCAGUAUGAGAUCGAGUCAGAGCGGCGUACUGAGCUCAGCGACCUGGAAGCAGGGCUGCACGAUCUCCGCGCGCUGAAGGAGGAGGUGGCGCUUCAGCAUCACCUCACCGACGAAGUGCAAACCCAAAUUGUUGACUACCUGGAGCGGGAUGCGCAGCGGUGCCAAGAGGAGAUUGACAUCAUGAAGCCAUCCUCGGCGCUGGCAAGCCUUCCUGAUGAACUGAUUCAGGUGCUGAUGCACAUGAUCGACGAGGGCUUGCCGUCAGAGUUCGAGCACGGCUUCUCCCCCAUGCACUGGGCAGCUCAGAGGGGUCGGCGUGACCUCAUUGACUACAUUCGACAGAAUGUUGCUGGCGGCUUCGAGCUGCUCAGAUCCAGGGACUCUCAGGGCCGCAUCCCGCUCUUCUUUGCGGAGCGUGCAGGGAAAGUUGGCCUGGCCUACCAUCUGCGGAAGAUAGGAGGCAGUGAUGAGGUUCUGGUCAGGUCCGAGAAGCGGCCGGACGUGGAGGACAUCGCGCCGGCCUACCGGAAGGUGCUUGAGCAGAUUGAGCAGCGUGGCUGGAAUUCCAUGAAGUGGAAGGACGACUUCACCAUGCUGCACUGGGCUGCCAGCCACGGCAAGAAGGACUUGUGCGUUUACCUGAUCAGCCAGCAGGCGGAUCCCGACGCCAAGGACAACAAGGGCCGGACACCCGUGAACGUGGCUUCGGACGCGAAGCACUUUGAUGUGGUGGCGGCCCUGCAAUCCAAGGCGCAGCAUCCUUCCCGCUCGGCUUCUCAGCCAGCGCUGCCCUCCGUGAGCAGCGUCCAGCCCUUGAGGCGGCCGGCCUCCUUGACCAGCAGGCAAAGGGCCAGCGCUGCGGAUUUCUGGGAGGCCACGCUGAAGAGCCGCCUGGGCACCCCGGGCCCACCGCCGCCGCGGGAGGCGCUGCCCAGCCUCUACGAUCCGCGAUUACCCCCCGCCACAGCUUCCGCGGCCAAGUCCGCACCCCCGUCCACCGUGGGGCCUUCAGCGUCUGUGGUAGCCUGGUUUGCCCAGUACCAGUGCACGACAUGCGGCCGUGUGCCUACCUCAUUGGAUGCCCGGUUCUGCCAAAUCUGCGGGGGCAAUCUGCCGUUGCCGCGUGUGCCCGCGGCCGUCACGGGGGACCGCAGCCGGGUGGCGGCAAAUCUCGGGGAGGUGGCUGCUGCUGCCGCUUUGGAAGCCAUGCCCAACAGCAGAGCAGGCAGCCAGCUCAGCGCCGCCCGGUCCCAGCCGGUGUUGAGCGAGCCGAAGCCGCCCUCGGCUCCCGCGCCCCCCGCGCCAAAAGCGCAAGCGGCACCCCCGGCGCCCACGGCUCCGUCGCCGGCGCCGGCGGCGCAAGCGGCGCACGCGGCGCAAGCGGCGCACGCCGCGGGCUACGCGGCGGACGGGGCCAAGUGCCGACGGCGAGGCCCGGAGGGAAGCGAUGCGGGGUCUUCGCGCAGCCAUCGCACCUACAGGGGCAACUGUAACAGGCCCGCGGCUCGAUCCGUCGGGAUCAUGCCGGAGCCCUCUAGGCGGGUGGUUUCGGCCGAGCGGGAUGAUGUGGAUGUUGCCAGGCCCAUGGGCCGAUAUCUGGCGGCAGCUCUUUUGCUGCUCCCUUUCUUCGUGCGGCAAAGUUCCGAGAGCUUUCUCACGGUGCAAGAGGUGACCCCUCUGGAGCUGCCCAGCCGCCAGCCUUCGCGGCCGCGCCUCGCAGUCCCGAACUCGGAUGGCCUUUGCGGCACCUUGCCAGCGGUGGGCCUGGCAGCAACUAUGGGCCUGCUGGCCGCCGCAAGGGCUGCAGUGCAGCGCCGCUACAAGGGCACCUACAACCUCGAUAUGCGAAUGCCUGCGGGAGAGGAGACGGUGAUGACCGAAGAAGAGCAGGCCGAGUGGCUGGAGACGAGGACCGCGGAGCUCCAGGAGCUCUGCCCCAUGACGGACGAGGAGUUCCAGGACGAGGUGGAAGAGAGCACCUGGGCGUGGGGCCGUCAUUUGCUGCCCUUCUCGGACUAUCGGCGUGAAGAGACGGCCUUGCACAAGAAGAAGACCAUCAUGAAACAGCGCGAGUUCUUCAAGAAGCUCCGCGUGUGGCAUCCGCUGGCGCUGAAGUACCCCACGCACCUCAAGGGGCUGGACAGCUCCGAGAACCCCACGACUGGAGAGAACUUGGACUGGAAGAUCAACGUGGAGUACUUGGCCAACGAGGAGAAGAUCGCAGGCUUCACCUACAAGGACUUCCUGGAGGAGACAAACGGCAUGAAGUUCGACAAAGCCGAAUGGGCCGUGCCUCAAGUUGGAGAUGUGAUCGAGGGAACCAUCAAGUCUCUCAGCGAGGAAGGAGCCUUUGUGGAGAUCGACACCCACCGGGUGAAAAGCUGGGCUCAGAUUCCUUUGAGGUUCAUGUCCUUGAAGCCGAUCGGCGCUGUAGAAGAGGUUGGCCUAGAGCUGGGCCAGAAGGUCUCGGCAGCGGUGGUGGAGGAAGGCUUGCGCUCAGUGGUUCCUGGUGACAAGUAUGCGGUCCAGUACAUUCUGUCUUUGCAGAGCAUCGAGCUGGACAACGCCUGGGAAAAGGUCCUGGCCAGCUACGAAAACAAGGAGGGUGCCAAGUCCUUGUGGGAAGUUCAAGUGCUGAAUGUUGCGUCUUGGGGGGCUUCUGUGAUGACGGAGGAUGGCAUGAUGGGGAUGAUUCCUGCAAGAGACUUGGGCAAUAAGGCGGGCGACGCUGGCCUGGUGGGCGCAACCUUGGAGGUGCGCAUCGUCCAGGUCAGGCCAGACAUGAAGGACAAUGUGUCUCCGCAGUUUGUGACGGAGUAUCCCAUCAUCUUUUCCUACGCCGACGUGCAGAAGCAGGAGAUGGUCAAGAAGUACAGCGAGGGCGCUGUCGCGGACGCCAAAGUCGUGGGAUUUGCGCCAGCCACCGUGGACAUUGAAAUCGACGGGGUGGCCUUUGGCCUCCCAAAGGUGGACAUAACUGGUGCAAAGACUCAAUUCGAAGUCAUGGACCUCUUCACGACAGAAGAGAUGAUCAAGGUCUACUGCCUUGACUCUGAAGAGGGUGCCGGUGUGAUCAGGUGGGGAAUUCGCCCCUUGGAGAGGAAGCCUGGAGCACUCCUCCUCAACAAGUCGAAGGUCUUUGCAGAGGCCGAGGAAACCGCUGCGGCCUUCUUCAAGAAAUCACAGGAAGCGAAGCAAGCGAUGGUGGGCAGAAUCUUGGAUGCCGGACUCGAGACGGAGGUUUCUCCGCUCGACUUUCUCAAGGACAAGCCAUCGCAGCCACGGGUGUCCGACAUCAUCGACGACGACGAUACCCAAUCUUUGCCCAUGCGGAGAAUCCUCGCGGCCUCGGGUCUUCUGAGCUGGGGCGCGCUUUUCGCGGCGCCCUCGCUGCCCCGAAGAGCUUUGGCCUCGCAGCCGCGGCCGCCGCCGCCGUUGCCCGGGCUGCCGGGGCUGGGGCCAGGGCCUCUGCGCCGAGGGCGAUGCAGCCGAAGCGUCUACCCGUUCUGGGACUGGUCCCGCGCUUGGGGCCCUCAGCCAGCGCUCUGUGGCGCCCUCCUUUUUCUGUCCGGGGUGCUGUGCUCAGCUGCCGGCAUCGGUGGAGGCGGCAUCUACGUGUCUUUGCUCAUGGUGCUGGGGGGUCUCAGCCUCCACGACGCGGUGCCGCUGUCCAAGGGGAUCGUCUUCUUCGGCUCGCUAGCCUCGUUGGCCCUAAACCUGCGGCGGAGGAAGAAGAAGCUCAUACACUACGGAAUUUGCCGCAUUGUGGUGCCUGCCGCGCUGGUUGGCACGCUCUUUGGGGUGUGGAUCAACCACACCGCGGCGGACCGCACCAUCCUGGCGGUGCUGCUGGGCAUUCUUAGCUUCAUGGCUGUGACGUCCAUCCGCACCACCUGGCGCCAGUAUCGCGCGGAGACGAAGCCAAUUGCGGCGGCCGAGACAGGUUCAGGAGUUGAACGCUCUUCGGGGAGUCCCUGGCGCACAAGAGACAUUGCCGGAGGCAUGUGCAUGCUGGGCCUGGUUGUGGCUUGUGGCACUCUUCGAUUUCACCUUGCACGGUGGGUGCCUUCGGGACCUCGGCAAACCUUGGAGCACCUCUUAGUGCUCCUGCCGAUACUGGCCUGCGGGGCUGUGACCGCCUUCACGAGUCGCCAGUGCAUCGGGGAGGAGUGCCUCAUGACUUCGGAAGUGGUGAAGUAUGCCCUGAUGGCAGCCUUCACCGGCUGCUUCGCAGGGCUCGUGGGUAUUGGAGGUGGUCUCAUCUUCAGCCCCUUCUUCUUGCUGAUGGGUGUGGAUCCCUCUGUGGGCGUCGCGACCUCCUCUACCUGCGUCAUCUUCACCUCAGCCUCCACGACCUUUCAGUACCUGCUCACUGGACGGAUCAUCAUGUCCUUGGCGCUCUUUUAUGGCGCGAUCAACCUGGGAGCCUCAUAUUGCGGCACCUCGCUGGUCCUCUUCCUGCAGGAGCGCUUCGGGCGGAAGUCCUACAUCUCAGGGAUCGUCGCUGUAGCGGUCCUGAUCAGCUUCGGCCUGGCCGCGAGCAAGAUGAUGGCCUAG